AUGACGGAUCUGGAAGAAAAGGGCAUAAACGAUGAUGAAACGAUAAUAGCAGCCAGCCAGAAAGAGAACAAGCCCAGUAUAGAAAAAGAACCAUUGGUGCCCCCAAAACCAGCAUAUCCACCAUCCCCAAAGCUAGAAAGUACUGGUGUGAGCCCGCCCAUCGAUCCCACCACCCAACAAAAACGCCAGAGUUCCACUUCCACCACCGCAGCUACUACGGCAGCACCACCACCACCGCGGAUAGAAGCAGUAAACUGCGCAGGGUUGGAUGGAAUGCCAUGGCCAGGGCACACAAUUGACAGAAGGAAGGAAAGAAAAGAACAAGAAGAAUAUGAUGAAGAAUAUUUCAAGCACCACAAGCCGUCGCCUUUGUUUGAAGUGAAGAUGGUUGAUACAAGAAAGUCUAUAACAAGAGCUACUGACGGAACUGUGGAGGAUAGUUAUUAUGAUGUUGAAGGUGGUGGUGGUGGUGUGAUUGUGUGGAGGCCGGAGCAGCUUGAUACGGCCGAGGAGGCAUUAUACAGAGCUCAGAGAUUUGGAGACAGAACGCAAUGA